AUGGACGAAGUGGACGACCACCCUAGUGGCCGGUGGGGGAGACGUUCCCCUCGCAACUCCGACGCCGAACCAAAAGGCUCAGCCAAGAAAAAGAAGAGGAGGAAGAAGAAAGAGAGGGAUAGAAAGGGCAAAGGGAAGGGCCGGCAGCCCCAGCAGAGCAGCCCAGACUGCAGGGUGGAGAAACGGGAGAUGCGGGUGCGGGACUUGGGCCUGGGCUUCGACUCAGACGAGAUCGUCCUAUUCAAGUUUUGCGUGGGCUCCUGCCAGUCGUCCAGGACCAACUACGACCUGGCUCUAAGGGCCCUGAUGGAGGACGGGUCCCUGCCGCGGAGGACCUCCCGGCGAGUCAGCGCCCACCCCUGCUGCCGGCCCGACAGCUACGAGCCCGUGUCCUUCAUGGACGCCCACACCGCGUGGCAGACCAUCCAGUCACUGUCGGCGGCCAGCUGCAUGUGUAUGGGCUGA